GCUUUCUCCUCCUGUCGCCUGUCAGAUGUUCGACGCAGUUCCUCACUGAGAUCUCGAUGAUGUUGAAGAGCUCCUCCACGCCCAUCCUCGGCUCCCUCCACCUCUCCGGCGACGGACUCAGCGCCCAACACCUCCACCCUGUUGCCUGCCAGUUUUCCCCCGCCUCCGACGGCAUCCAGGACCCCCCUCUCGGCAUCCGGCGAACCCGCUCAGACGGAAACGUCCUAUCUAUUCUUUCCGAUGAAGAGCAUCGCCCCCCUCCGAAAUGCUCUUCUUCUUCCUCUCGGCGCUCCAGUUCUUUCCUAGAGCCGAUCCCCUCUUUAUCCCUCUACAAGACUGACGCGGUCGCCGAGGAGGAAGAGCAAGAAGGAGAGGACGGCGGUGCGAAUCGAGAGGCGUCUGACACCGUGGGCUCUUUGAGGUCGAUUGAUUCGGGCAGCGCCGCCCUGCCGCCUCUGUUCCUCGCGAGAGGACUCGGGAUCGACAGGGUUGGGUCGGAUUUGUUCGCCGCCGUGGACUGCGGCAUCUGCGGCGACUUCGGCGGAUGCGGCGGGGGAAAUUGUGACGUGUUGACUGGGAGCGGAGGCGAGCAGUCGGAUGCCGAGACGUACUACAAGAAGAUGGUGGAGGAGAAUCCGAGCGACGCUCUGUUCUUGAGGAACUACGCAGAGUUCCUCUACCAGACGAAGAGGGAUCUCAGAAGAGCAGAGGAAUACUACUCCCGAGCAAUACUGGCGGCUCCCGGAGACGGCGAGAUCCUGUCACAGUACGCUAAGAUAGUGUGGGAGCUCCACCACGAUGGAGAACGAGCUUCGAUCUACUUCCAGCAGGCGGUUCAAGCAUCUCCACAAGACAGUCAUGUGCUUGCAGCGUAUGCUGGUUUCUUGUGGGAAACAGAGGAAGCCGAAGAAGAAGACGGAGACUUGCAAGAUUUCUUCAUGAAAUCUAGCCGCGACGGAGCUCUGCCUCCUGUGAUUGUUUGAGAAGAACUUCUUAGUGUCAACAUGAACCGCAGUUGCUGAACUCUUGAAAAAUCUACAAUUUGAAGAGCCACUGCAUGUGGCCACCAAUUGCUGGAAAAAAAAAAUCCAGAGAUUUUUCCGUGCUAUGUUUUUGUUGAACAUGAGAAAUUGUUGAAAAAAUCAAGACUUAUAUAUGGCAACCAUAAGUUUUAGUAGACACUGUCAUAGAGGUUAAUUUUGAGUUGUCUUAGGCAUCUCUAAAUCUAAUGGUUAAAGAUUUGAAUGAGAUUUUUUUUUA